CGGCAGGCGUGGCCCCGGCCCGGGCAUCCUGGUUGGCACCGUCUCGCUCCCAGGCCCCGCCGAGGCGACUCAGUAGCGAACGCAAACCGAACACGCCGCGAGGAAGGAGACGUGCCUCGCUGCACGCCACAGAGACACGUUUGCACCAUCUUUUUAGGAUCUUACCCAUGUUUUGCGAGGAAAAGAAACACAACUGAAGCGUCUUCGGUUCUUUUAGAUGGGGCUAGCUUGAAUCAGUCAGUCGGAGGGAGGGAGAGCCGGAGAUAAGGGGAGGAGUCAGCCGGUUCUUCCAGUUAGCAAAGUUCAGGCUGUUGCUACCUCGCUGCUUCUUAGGUCGGGACACCCUGGGGAUCGGCCACGAUAACCUCGCAUCACCUCAUUUGCUGAUUUCAAACAAGGAACCCUAAAAACCUGAAAUGCACAUUGGGUGCUACCCAACACUGAGGCUCGACUGCCAAGGCGAAGAAAAAAAUUGCCCUUUCUCCUCUUUCGCCCCCGGAGGUGCCAGGUUGCAAUCUGCAAAUGUAUUGUCUGGCCCGUAGGCUUGACGGUUAAUGAUUGGCGGCAGAAGGAGCGCGGCCGCGGAGCGGGAGGGACGCCAGCGGGCGAGCCGGGGAGCGACCGCCAGCGCGGGGCCGAGCCCAGCCGAGCCCCCGCCGGCUGCAAGGCGCCGCCUCCCGUCUUCCGGGCCCCGGGACGUCGGGGGGUUCCGGGCGUCGGAGCCGCGCAGGGGCCCCCAUGGAGGCAGCCUCGCCGGCGGGGCCCGACGCUCCGCAGCCUGCCUCGCAGGGCGCGGAGGGCGCGUCCUGGAGCCUGCUGCGCAGGCUAAAAGGCAAACUCUUCACCUGGAAUAUUUUGAAAACAAUUGCUCUGGGUCAGAUGUUGUCCUUGUGUAUCUGUGGAACAGCCAUCACCAGCCAGUAUUUGGCAGAAAAAUACAAAGUGAACACGCCCAUGCUUCAGAGCUUUAUCAACUAUUGCUUACUAUUCCUGGUUUAUACAAUGAUGCUGGCAUUUCAAUCAGUGAUAACCUUUUAAUUAUCUUGAAAAGAAAAUGGUGGAAGUACAUUCUGCUGGGAGUAGCAGAUGUGGAAGCCAAUUACCUGGUUGUCAGAGCCUACCAGUACACAACUCUAACCAGCGUCCAGCUCUUGGAUUGCUUUGGAAUUCCUGUGUUGAUGGCUCUCUCGUGGUUUAUUCUUCAUGCAAGAUACAGAGUGAUCCACUUCAUCGCUGUGUCUGUCUGUCUGCUGGGCGUAGGAACCAUGGUUGGUGCGGAUGUCUUAGCAGGGAGGCAAGAGGAUUCAGGGAGUGAUGUGCUGCUUGGUGACGUCUUUGUCCUUCUUGGGUCUUCUCUCUAUGCCAUUUCUAAUGUUUGUGAAGAAUACGUUGUGAAGAAGCUGAGCAGACAGGAGUUUCUAGGAAUGGUGGGCUUAUUUGGGACAAUUAUCAGUGGCAUACAGCUAUUGAUUGUGGAAUAUAACGAUAUUGCCAGCAUUCACUGGGACUGGAAAAUUGCCUUGCUGUUUGUGGCAUUUGCCCUCUGUAUGUUUUGCCUGUACAGCUUCAUGCCAUUGGUGAUUAAAGCCACUAGUGCCACCUCUGUCAACCUGGGCAUCUUGACAGCAGACCUCUACAGCCUUUUCUUUGGACUCUUUCUGUUUGGCUAUAAGUUUUCGGGACUCUACAUCCUCUCCUUCACCGUCAUCAUGCUGGGCUUUGUCCUGUACUGCUCCACCCCGACUCGCACAGCAGAGCCGCCUGAAAGCACCGUGCCUGCGGUCACCACCAUCGGCAUCGACAACCUGGGACUGAAGCUUGAGGAGAACUUCCAGGAGACCCACUCCGUGGCCUUGUAGCCGGAGAGGACAGCGCACACCGGGCCCCACCAGGACACAGCAGAGCCUGCCCGCCCAGGGGACACUCGGGGGAAUACCACACUCGGAGUGAACACUCUACGGCAUUGGGUUGGAUCCAGUGGUUAGAUUUUAGAAAGGAAUGUUAAACUGUAUAUCGAAUGUAGAAAUACCAAAAGAGAGCAGAAGCCAAGGCUAGGGUUGUGUUUCUGUGUGUUUCAGGACUAAUAUCUAUUAGUGUCUGGGAGACGAGGUGCAGGCACCUCACAGGGGUCCCAGAGGCGCAUGUGGGAAAGUGGGACUGGGGAGAGACCCAGGAGUGAGCCGGCCUCAGGACCCGGCCUGAAAGCAGCCCAGCUGGCCUGGGCUCUGUGCUCAGGGUAGCUUUCCUCAGUUGGAGGCUAGCUUUGGGCUUUUGCCCUGGGGAGGCAGUCAUUGUCUACAGGCCUUGUGGCCUCAGGCAUAUGAGGCCUGGUGACAAUUGCCUAUGGUGGGAAAAUGGAUGGGGCAGCACUUGAGAAGUCCUGAGGUUCAAGUGUGAGUACUAUAGGAGGCUUAAGCUGGAGUGCAGUAAACCUAGGAACCCUUUCCUAAUUGUUUCUUUUCUUUUCUCUCUCUGUCUUUCUUUUUUUU